AUGGAAUUUUUAAAAGAUAAAAUAGACAGCUUUAAACAAAGCCUGGAUGGCCUCCACGAGAAAAAUCCUCAACUAGUUUACACUUUCGCUGCGAUCGGCCUCGGCUACGUAGCUCUCAAAGUUGCCAAAGACCUCAGAGGUGUCUAUCAGUAUGUGCUGAGGCCAGCCAGAGACCUUAAACAGCGUUACGGCAACGAGUGGUGUGUCAUCACAGGAGCCAGCGAUGGCAUCGGUAAAGGCUUUGCUUUCGAACUAGUCAAGAAAGGCAUGAAAGUGGUGCUUGUUGGUAGAAAUCAAGACAAGCUAGACACUGUCAAACAACAAAUUGAGGACACAUACGAAGGAGCCCAACUCAAGACUGUGCAGUUUGACUUCAACCAACAGUACACUGAAGAAGUGAUCAAGGGACUGACCGAGAAGUUCGAAGAAAUUGAAAAGUGUUCAAUACUCAUCAACAAUGUUGGAUAUGCUGAAGCUAGCAAAUUUGGGUUGAUGAAAGAUGCUGAUGUCCACAACAUGAUCAAUGUGAAUAUAACAUCAAACACUGUGAUGGCGAAGAUAUUCAUCCCAAAGCUGUUGGCCAAUGAUAAGAGAGGAGGAAUGAUAAAUAUUGGGAGCUCAAGCUGCAGCCAACCAUUUCCAAAUUUAUCUGUUUAUAGUGCUUCUAAAUCAUAUAUCCGCCAAUUUUCAAACAGUAUCCAUGAAGAAUACAAAGAUAAGAUUGACAUACUUAUUUGCAAUACUUCCUCAGUCAAAUCUCAGAUGAAUAGUGGUAGAUAUGUUGGUACUAUUACUCCAGAGCAGCAUGCUCAAGGAGUUCUGGACAAACUUGGACAUGACAGAGAGACUAGUGGCCAUUAUAUUCAUGGAAUCUACCACUACUAUUCUGUCAGGCCAAUAGAAGGAUGGGUCUUAAAAUACAUCAAUUUCAAGAGGCACCAAGAUUUUAUGAAAGAGAGAGAAAUUGCCACUAAAGCUGAGCAAGAAGUAAAAGCUGACGAAGAAAUAAAGAAGGAGGAAUAACUUUCUGGCUAAAAAUUAAUU